UCUCUCUCUCUCUCUCUCUCUCACACAUUUGUUACCGCUACACAACCACUACUGUUGCCCUCUACCUAAUCCAAUACCUAAAGCCAUAGCCAACAAUAAAAACAAACUACAAAUAAUUUAUUUUUCCUUAGUAAAGCAGAAAUCAGAGCGAGAAACCGAAAGAAAAUGAGAAAAUUAGACUGAAACUGAGAGAAAAUUUUCAUCUUAUUUAUUGACAAUUUAUGGAGAUUCUUUGGUAGCUGGCAGCUCCUUCACUUGUUUAUUCUUUUUCUUGUUCUUCAUCUUCUUCUUUAUUGUUGUUGUUUAUCUACCGAAUCAGAAACCCUAGCUACAUUUCACUAUCUGCUUCCAGAUCUUGAACUGAUUCUCAACUCUUGAGUGAACUCCCCGAUCUAAUCAAUCACCGGUGAUGUAGAGGUCGGCUUCCGCGAGUUGACUCAAUGGAGAACUCAGCCGAUUCAAUUAGUUGAAAUGUUAAGCAUUGUGAAGUUUUGGAGUCGUGUGGUUAAGCAAAGUUUCAAUGUCGGCUUCUUUAGCGGCUUUCGAGCGGCCAAGAGCUGGAGCAGCCAAUGCGGUUUUCAAGAGCGGACCGCUUUUCAUAUCUUCAAAAGGAUUAGGUUGGAAAUCAUGGAAAAAACGGUGGUUUAUCUUGACACGCACUUCCUUGGUGUUCUUUAAAAAUGAUCCUAGUGCCUUACCUCAAAGAGGUGGUGAAGUAAAUCUAACUUUGGGGGGCAUUGACUUGAAUAAUUCGGGGAGCGUUGUUGUCAGGGAAGAUAAAAAGUUAUUAACUGUCUUGUUUCCUGAUGGACGUGAUGGGCGAGCAUUCACCCUCAAGGCUGAGACUUCUGAGGAUUUAUACGAGUGGAAGACAGCCCUGGAGCAUGCCCUUGCACAAGCACCAAGUGCUGCCCUUGUUAUGGGACAUAAUGGAAUUUUUCGGAGUGAUACAAAUGAUGCUAUUGAAGGGUCUUUCCAUCAAUGGAGGGAUAAACGACCUGUUAAGUCAUUGGUUGUUGGUAGACCAAUUUUGCUUGCCCUCGAAGACAUUGAUGGAGGUCCAUCAUUCCUAGAGAAAGCUCUUCGAUUUCUUGAGAAAUUUGGAACUAAAGUUGAAGGAAUUUUGCGACAAUCUGCUGAUGUUGAGGAGGUUGAACAUAGAGUUCAAGAAUAUGAACAAGGCAAGACUGAAUUUGAAGCAGAUGAAGAUGCUCAUGUUGUUGGUGAUUGUGUUAAGCAUGUCCUAAGGGAGCUGCCCUCCUCUCCAGUUCCAGCAUCCUGCUGCACUGCAUUGUUGGAGGCUUAUAAAAUUGAUCGUAAGGAAGCUCGUACUAAUGCAAUGCGCUCCGCAAUAUUGGAGACAUUUCCUGAACCAAACAGACGUUUAUUACAGAGAAUUCUGAAGAUGAUGCAUACAAUCUCUUCUCAUGCUCAUGAGAAUCGAAUGACUGCAUCUGCUGUGGCUGCUUGCAUGGCACCCUUGCUAUUGCGGCCUCUAUUGGCUGGUGAAUGUGAGUUGGAGGAUGACUUUGAUAUUAAUGGUGAUAGUUCUGCUCAGCUUCUUGCUGCUGCAAAUGCUGCUAAUAAUGCUCAAGCCAUCAUUACAACUCUUUUAGAGGAGUAUGACAAUAUUUUUGAUGAUGAAAAUCUACACAGAUGCUCUAUAUCUGCUGAUUCUCAGAUUGAAAACAGUGGGAGUGAAGAUUCAACUGAUGAUGAAAAUGUGGAUUUGAAAGAAAAUGGUUAUCAUGAUGCGGAAAAUGAAGUUGAUCAAGAAACUGAUGAUGAUGGUCAACGUGUGCUCAGUGGAAAAUUAAGUGAGAGCAGUGGUUACGCUGGCAGUGAUCUCUAUGACUAUAAGGCUUUUGGUGGUGAUGAUUCAGAUGUUGGAUCACCAAGAAAUAAUCAUGCUCCAGCUGACAGUUCAAACUUACCUGUCCAAAGCAGAGAUCCUAAUGUUCAACUAGCAGAACAACCAAGUAAACCGAAGAAAGGAAAUGAUAAUUCAAUUAAAGAGAUGGAUGUUUCAAAUGUGUCACCUGUUGGUGACUCUUAUCGAUCAAUGGGGGAAAUUCUAUCUUCAAUGGUUCCUGUUCCUUCUUUACCCAUAUCUGGGCCUGAUUCAUCUGCUGAGAAACCAGCUGGUAAAGUUGCAACCUCCAAUCUCAAUGGAAAGCGGUCAACAUUCUGGGGAAGAAGUAAUGCCAAAAAGACACCGUCUGUGGAAUCAGUUGAUUCUUCUGGAGAAGAAGAGCUUGCUAUUCAGAGGCUUGAGAUCACAAAAAAUGACUUGAAACACAGGAUUGCGAAGGAGGCCCGAGGGAAUGCAAUUUUACAAGCUAGCUUAGAGAGAAGGAAGCAAGCUUUGCAUGAGCGACGGAUGGCACUUGAACAAGAUGUGUCAAGGUUGCAAGAGCAGCUUCAAGCUGAAAGAGAUCUUAGAGCUGCACUGGAAGUUGGCUUGAGCAUGUCAUCCGGACAGUUCUCCAGCUCACGGGGCAUGGAUUCCAAAACGAGAGCUGAGCUUGAGGAGAUUGCUCUCGCUGAAGCAGAUGUGGCCAGGUUGAAACAAAAAGUUGCAGAACUCCACCAUCAACUUAAUCAGCAACGACAGCAUCAUUAUGGUUCUCUCUCUGACGCAUGUGAUCGUUAUCAACACGUCCAAAAUCAUGGCACUCAGCAGAGAUUUCUUCAGCAAGAUUUUGAUGCAACCCUUGCUUUUGUUAAUCAUGAAAGGAAACAAAGAACUGAGGAGAGUUUGUUAGGACCAGAUUGGAGAAAUAUUAAAGGAACUGGAUUAGUCCCUGGAAGCAGUAGCAGGCAGCCUCCUCGAAAGCAAUUUAUAGAAUCAACAAGCCUGAGUGAUUCUAAAAGCACUGAGGCAUCUACCAACAUGUCCAUGGAUGAGCUCUGUGGUGUUGAUUCUGCUCCCUCCACUUCGAGAGCGGUUGAGUGAUCCUCAAGUACUGAUGUUGUCACCAUGGUUGCAGAUGGAUUAUCCAAGACAUCCAUCGGCAGCAUCUUCAGCUUUGGUAGAAUUAACUACACGGCUUGAUUUCUUUAAGGAGAGGCGUUCUCAGCUGAUGGAACAGCUCCACAACCUUGACUUGAACUACGGCACAUCAUCAUCACAAGAUUUUAUUUAUAGACCAUCAUCCCCACCCUGGAACUGACAAAAGAUGAUGCCCACCAGUCACCAGCGAGUCAAUGUUGUUGUACAUUCUUUCGGGAUUGCAUAUAGUUGUAUCUUGUGAAGUCUUGCCUCAUUUUCAGUGUCCUUCCCCCCUUUUUUCACUCCUCUACAUUUUUCUAGUUAGAAUAUGAUUGGAUUCUAGUCAUGAAAAUUGCUGCACCCUGUCACAAAAUAUAUUGUAAACAAAAUUGAGUGUUAAUUGUUGUGUCAAUAGUUAGCUGAUCUGUGCUGAACAUACAUUUUGGACGGGAGACCAUUUUCAUUUUUAUGAGAAACAUAUCUUGUAUGUAUGUGACAAAGUGAUGAGAAUAGUCCUGUGUAUGUGGACGUAAAUGAGUGAAUGAAUGAUCGGAAUUUGAUGGAUGUA